AUAACCCUAACCCUGGCUACCCACCGCCCUCCAGUACAUUUAAGAUUCUGCCGCGUGGUAAUUUACCACUUUUUACCAUAACGCAACCGAACCUUACCUUUCCACUAAGCUUCAAUAUGGUAUAGGGCAUGAAGGAAGCCUAUGAUGAAGAGACUCACGAAUAAAUAACACGAAUUCGCUUCGAUUACCUAGGAAAGGAGUGGCUUGGUGAGGCUCUAUAUAACAUCUGUUAUGACGCCCUGGACCGUGUUGCAUAUCAAUACCGGAAGAUGACAAAUGCCCUCGGCGACCACCCCCGGGCGCCUCUCGAACCCGGUACCGGUCGGUUCGCAUACUUGGAAAGGUCAUUACUUGAUGAAGAUGAUUACUUGUAGUACCGGGAGUUUGACGGAGUCGAACACCUUCGGGGAAGGCCGCGCACCACUACUGCCUUUGCAGCCGAGCCGAACGCUCCGCGGGCCUACGCGAAGUGGAAGGGUCCCGCGACCUACUGCCCGGGUGGAAGGCAUGGACCAGUAAGGCUGUCAGUUUCAUGCAGUUGUAAGUAGUUAUAAGUAGGCCUGUAGUUUUUUGUUGCAUUUUUGGCCUUG